AUGAACAGUGUGUUCCUGGUGAAGUGCCCAUACGGUGGGUGCCCACGAGAGACACUAAACAGUGGUGAUCAGGCAGUGAGUGUUGAUGUGUGUACUGGGACCGCUAGCACGGAUCGUGUGUACUUGUCUGCUAAGGGUCGACCCUUCUCUGCAACAACAGGUGACUACGCUGUCUGCGCGGAUUACGGUGCAGAGGUUGGUAUUUCUCCCGCUGCACUUCCAGUAAGAGUAUUGCAGGAUCCCUUUGCUUUCAAUGUCACUGUGAUUACAAACACGUUGGUGACGAUUGAUGUGCGUGGGGGUGAUCUCUUAUGGAGGCAGGAACCAUAUCAAGUGUGUGCAGUGCUGCCGGGUACACCGUGUGAGUCUGUGGCUACUGCUCAAGAUUCUGUGUGUGUGAGGAGUAGCUUCCCAAAUUCCCCAUCUGUUGAUGUUGACAUCUUCAGUCUGUACAAACUGGGUGCUGACAAAGUGACCUUUUGCUUUGUUGCAUCUGAUGUGACAUUUAACGGCCGCCGUUAUGUUUGGUUGCAUGAUGUGAGGGAACCUUUUUUGCCGGAGGGUGACUCAGCAGUGGCGCCAAGUUCGAAUAAAUUAUCUGUUGGUGCCAUUGUUGGUAUCGUUAUUGCAGUUGUGGUUGUUCUUGUUAUUGUGGCUUUCAUUCUGUUUUGUGUACUGCUGCGUUGGCGACAACAACAAGAAAAGCAACGAAGAGAAAAAGUGCAGAUGGAUGCUGUGCACUCUCAGUUCACAAGUAAAACAACCACAGUGGAGACUACUGCGAACUCUUUCACAUAUUCUAUUUUUUCUUGUAGUGUUGUUGCUACUGAGUAG